AUGGCGUUGAGAGAAAUAUUUAGGAUGAGUUGUGGUUUGACAAAAAACCGUACUGCUUUUUCGAGGUAAUAAUAUAAAAUUAUAUACAUACCUACUUUAAUUAAAUUUAACCUUUAGACAUGUUUUAUAAAAUAUUAUUUUUGAUGUAUUUUAGAUUCGGAGUGUAGCUAACGAUCUAUUAGUUUCACUAUAUCGGGGUAUUUUUUUUAGAUUCGGAGCAUAGCGAAUAACUUUUAUACGAGAAAUCUUUAUGCCAAGUGUCAAGAUUUUAGAUUUGAAGGGUUUUAACAAUGCGAAAAACACUUUUUCUGACUUACUUAUCCAAUUACCUAUUUCUUUGGCCUAGUCAUUUUUCGUACUUAGAGUUGCACAUAAGUACUUAAAGUCUUCUACUUUCUCGUGCAAUAACUGUACUGUGUCCCCGGGGUCUUCAUCAUUUUAGAGUAAUUCAAUUAUUUUGGUUUUAUUGAUGUUAAUUUAAAGACCUAUUCUUUUCGCCUCAUUAGCUAGCAGUCUAGUUAUGUUCUACGUCUAUUUGUCCUAUACCUAGCCACCGUACUUUUUGUAAGGCUCUUUUUUAAAUUUUGUCCCUCCACUAUGUUCUGAGAUUUCUCAGGUCUAUAAAAGCUCCUUAUUUUUAUGAUUAAUUAUGUUUCAUGGGUGUUUCCAUAGUCUAGUCUUUGUUUCAGUUUUUAUCCGAGGCUUUAAUGUUGUUGAUUUCGUAACUGUCUUUUUUUCUAAGGUAGAGUCCUAAGACUACACUCAACCCCAAACUAGAAGAUCAGAAACCCCUCAAUCAAUUAAGAUCAAGGGGAGAAAUAAAAGAUAAGGAAUUACUAUGCUGGUUGUGAUUCCUUGUUGUGUAACGUACCUAUUCUAUUGAAAAUUAAUUGUUUUUACAUCAAUUUUUUUCAAAUUAAAACGGCUAUUACUCAAAAACUACCGAUCAAAUAUGAAUGUAUGGUACAUUCAAAUUUCUAAAAUAAUAUUUUUUUACAAAACUUCUAUUUUGAAAAUUUUGAAAAAUGAAAAAAAUGUUCUCUGUUGAAACGUGUCCCACUGACCCAAAACCCGAUUGAAAAGAAAAAUAAAAAUAAAUAAAUUAUGUAAAAAGUUAUAUUAUAAUGUUCAUAUAACACUGUAAUAUACUGUAUGUAUACAUAUAAUAAUAGUUUUUAAAUUAAUGCUUUUAAAAGUUAUAAAUUAUAUUUUAAUUAAUAUUGUAUUCUCAUCAAAUAUGUGUUUGUAUAGUCCAAAAUCAUCGGGAAAUAUAUUUCAAGAGUUUAAUGAGCAAUUAAAACGGAGGUUCGAAAAAAAACUAAAUAAAACGUAAACGUCGAUUAUGUAUGUAUUUAAUUAAAUGUAUUAAUUAAAAAUUAUGAAUACUUUAGAGGGUUUGAGUUUCCUUUAAACAACAAUGAUAAUGCCAACCAAGAUGCUUUCGAUACUACGCACGAAUUGAUAACGGUCGACGGUUUUAAAAAACGUCCUGGUGACUUGUUAAACAACGAGCUUAGGUAAGUAUAAUUUGCUAUCAAAUGUUUAUUAUUAAUUUAAAUAACAAUUUAUCUACUGAUAUAUUUAAAAUAAUAAAACGACAGAAUUACCUACAAAACCAUAUUACCCUCAUACGUGUAAUAUUAAUAAUAUCUAUAGGUAGUGAUAUCUAUAGCUAAUUAACAAAAUCAACGUUUACUGUUUAGUAUGCAAAAACUAUAAUUAUGUAGUGUACUUAUUCUAGUUUAUAUUCAUUUUUUAUGUCUGUGAACGACUUUCUCACCAGAAAAAUAGCUCCUAUUAAAAAAUAACAAGAAAGUUUUGUUGAUUAAUUUUGGAUCUAUUGGUAUUGUAGUAAUACUGGAUUACUACUAUUUUUAUCGUCGGGUCUCCUAAUCGGAGUCCCUACGUAUUUUCGUAUUCUUUAUGUACAAUUUCGCGUAUCAAUAGUUUCUGCUCUUAUUAUAUUAUAUGUGUUUGGGCUAUUACACUAGAUGAUAGUUGUUUUUGAAUUUGGUUUAGAAUAUGUUAUUUUUACUUUUGAUUUAUUAUCUCAUUUCCGCAAGCAGAUGAUAUAAUUGUCCUCAUACGAACCUGUUCAGUGGGGCUCAUUAUCUUUACGAAUAAAUAAGCAAUAAUAAUAUGUAGGUGCCCUCGGUAAAGGUGAUAGAACUAACAAGACUUGGUGAAACCACGUUUGGUUUCCAAACGCGUGUCUUUCGAAGGACUUGUUAAAUCAACAAUGGGCGGCGUCCCUUAAAUUAGGUAGUAUAUAUACGGACGCCCGCUCUUAUGUUUUUUUUUUUUAAAUUGACAUUAGAGGCGUCAUUUGGGGGGAGGGAGUAUGCAUUUGCCUAACCGUAGAUUUAAAAGUAGCUCUAGGCUAGCUGCCGAAUCUACAUGGACUGGCUGCCAGAUCAAUAUGAACCGAGUCCAUUAUAUCAUUUCAUCAGUUGAUCAUUACAAUACGUAUGGCAAACUUUGUCAAAGAGACUGGGAGUUGAUGGAAGGUUUAAAAUAG